AUGAUAGAAAUAAUUCUAUUCCUCUAUUUUGCCUGUAUUGAAGCGACCCAUUUCUAUGGUGGAACCGUGACAUGGAAACCAAUGAAUAAUACAGAUAAUGGUUCAAGCAUAGCCGUUAUGUUCACACAAUCCUAUCAAUGGAAUCGCUCUCACAGUUCGUCGACAUUCUGUAAUCAGUCGAUAAUUGUGAAUCAAUCACCUCUGCUAUGUGCUGGAUCUGGUACUCUUGUGUGUACCACAGCUGCUAGUACGUGUGGCAAUUAUACUGCCUUAGACAUCGGUGAACAUUGCACUGACUUCAGCGUCGUCGCUGAUUCUAGUUCAGAACAAAUUUUUAAAGUUGAAAAUAUCACAGCUAGUGCUGAAUUUUGCGUAGCGUACACAGGUUCCUCUUGGAUUGGCCUUCAAUCAUCAAAUUGUGGAUCAAGUGGGAAAAAGAAAAGGCAUUCUAGUGGUGGCUCAGGAACAACUACUCCAAGAACCACAGUAUUGACAACAACCGGAGCCACUUGUUACAAUGGAUUUAUAAACACCCCUCCAGUUGCAACUGUAAUUUCACGUAAGAAAUCAUCUCCUAAGAUAUUCACUAUUAGAUACUUUUGUCCUUCUCUCUAUCUGGCUAUCAAUGUUCCAAUAGAUACAUUGACUGCUAUAACGAUUCCAGUGAUCGAUGCUGAUGGCGAUUAUACAAGUUGCCGUUGGGCUCAGAAUACAUCUGCACUUGAUGAGUGUGGUGAUGUCUGCCAGUCAGCACCAGGUGGUGUGCUUGAUGGUGAGAACUGUACGUUAACAUUUAAUAGUACUGGUACAGUAGUAGGAAAAUAUUAUGCUGUGGCAUUGAUGGUUGAAGAUUUCUAUGAUCAAUCAACAUGCACACCAUUUAGUCGCGUUCCCAUUCAAUUUCUAAUUCAUAUUGUAGGCGCCGCUGUCUGCCCACUACAGCCUCAGAUUAGCUCAAAUCUAACGGCUUGUACAGCAGUUCAAGUUGGACAGACAUUUUCGUUUACAUUGACAGUUGUUCAAGGAUGUAGUAGAACUACUUUAGUAGACUUCUUUACAAUGCCACCCCUUUAUAUGAUCAAAGGUAGUAUAGUUUCGGUUGGAAGUAUUGAAUGGACCAUCACUGAAACGUGGAUACCAACGACAACGCAAUUAGGAUCUCAAGUAUACUGUUCUGUUGCUACUGACAUUGCACAAAUACAAUCAGAUCAAUAUUGUCUUACAUUUACAGUUAUUCCUGCUGGCUCCACUUCUUUAUGCCCUGGAGAAGUUCCAUCAACCACAACUACAACGGCAAGUACCAGUACAACAACAACUUCUACAGCAACCACAACAGCGACGAGCGAUACCACUACUACAGCAGGUGUGACCACGACUGCAACUACUACUACAACAACAACAACUACGACAGAAACGACAACCACCACGGCAACAACAACAACAACUACGAAGGUGACGGCGACGACCACAACAACGACUACGACGACGACGACAACCUCAACAACUAUGACAACUGUGACGACAACAAGUUCUUUAGCUACGAACACAGAUGCAUCAAAUGGUGCAUGGAUUAUUGCCUUGGCGGUAUUAGGAUUUCUGGUUCUAUUGAGUUUAUGUUGUUGCUGUUGGUGGUGGCUAUUUGCUGGAGGACGUCGUCGUCAUCGAGCAAAUAGAGAAAGAAAGAACAAAGCAAGUAAAUACUUAUCGAUGAACGAUAAGACACGCCUAUGUUCAAGUCGGUCAGAAUCUAUCUCUACAAUAAAACCAUCAAUUAUAUCCAGUAAACAACAGCUUCCCUUCAAGAAUAAAUUAUUACGUCAAAAUCACAGGAUUGAGCCGAUCGAUUCCAAGAACGGUGCACCUGUAAAGAAAUCCAAUAUUUCGUCUCGAGAAAAUACACAACUAUCAGACAAAUCAUUGCCAAGAAUACAUUCGACUGGUUCAGUACGUAUCAGCAAAGUAAAUCGAUCAAGUUUACCAAAUAUGGAUAAUGCAUCACACACAAUCAAUAAUGUUGUAUCACCAGUGAAUGAAAGAAUAACAAAAGCAGCAAGUUUUAUAAUAUUACCUCAAUCAAAUUUGCCAUCGACAAUGCUUAAUAUGCAUCAGGGCAUAUCGAGUGAAGCAUUCAAGUCAAUUGCCGUUAAACGAAAUUCAUCGCACAGCUGUAAUCAAAAACAAAACGAUAAAGCUAGACUAUCAGGCAACAGCAAAAAAUAG